UAACACUCAUGUCGGCUUAUCGCUCACAUCAGAAUUCAGCAGAAAGCCUUUUCUGUCUCCUGGGGUCACCUGCUGAGGAUCUCAGGUAACAGCCUGCUCUGUGCUUGGUUCCAGUUAAAUUCUGGGCAGCAGAGGAGGAAGAGGUUGAUGACUACCUUCAGGAAAACUCUGUUGCUAGGAGGUUCUUUCUACCUGGAGGUAAGCAAUGCCUGGGGACAGUCUCUCCUGCUGUUAUGUAUGGGAAGUCCUCACCCCCCUUCUCAAGGAUUUUGCCUACAAAGAGCUACAUCAGAGGUACUGUGCUGAGUAUUGGUGGCCCAGGAGUGGGUGCCCACCAGGGUAAGGGUGGCCAUGUCUGUCUGGAUUCUGCCCAUGUUUUACACGUCAGCAGCAAACCAGCUUGGCAUGUGCAGGUCCCAGUGGGGAAGCUUCUGCUGGUCUAUCUGUGCCUUCUUUGUAAGGCUAAGGGAGGUGGGGAUGGAGGGACACAGCCCAUCAUCAUCCCUAUGAGGACGUGAGACAAAUUUAGAUUUGGAUGUCCUCUAAACAACAGCACAUCUGCAGACAGGGCAGUGCUGCUCUGAUAGUAUCAGACUAUCACUGGCAUCGAGGAAGCUUUCAUUCAACUUUUUGAAUCGCAUGGUUCUCACACAAUGAGAACAUUUCCUUAGUACCAUCUACCAGAAAUUAUCUUUCUGCAAGUCAAAAAUUAAUAAUUUUGGCAGUCAUAUGAUCCCACUUUCAGAGUGUGGGGAGAAACCAGCCUUUUGAUAUUGUCCUGAAAACAGUGCCGAGUGCUUUACAUCUGUUUUUAAAGAAUGGGUAGGAUGGGUCUACUGGUACUUGUCAGAGAAAAAGGUGAGUUUUGAAAAUCCACUGCUCUGGCACUUUAUAAUUCCCUACCCUUUAAACUUUAUUUCCAGCAGGGUAUCUUUGCUGUCCCUGGCUAACACCUAUCCAGGAGUCAGUUCUCUGAUUAUUUCCACAGGUCCCUGUCUCACCUGGCUGACAUCACUUGCAUAAUUCGGCUGAUGUUGGAGGCCCAUGGUUUGACCUUAAUUACAUUGCUGUGUACCUGUCGGGGAUGUUACAUUUGCUAGAUAAAGCAUAACACAGUAAAAACCACAAAAUGUAAUUGGCAGAAAUACCAGAACUGAACUUAUAUGAAGAUGUUGGCCUUGCAACUUGCUAACUAAUCCACAAGCAACAGCUCAGGCAGCCUGGAAGAUACUCUCUACCCCUGAAAUCCCACCAAGGUCAGCCUGCCUGAGGACAGCACAGCUCUGCCUUUGGGGAGAAGGCAUUUUAAUCUCUCUUGACAUUUGAGGCAGGGGCAGUACCUGGGGGUGUUUCCAGGACCACAUUCCUUGUGGUAUUGUCCUUGCUAUUGGUACAGCAGCCACCUGGAUGUGGUGUCUGUUUCUCACAGCACAUCCCACUGCACAGCCUCCUGCCUGGUUCCAGCCCAGAGGGAACUUCCCUUUGUGCCCCAGUGGUGCCUGGCAAUGUGCUUUGCAGCAUCCCAGUUGUGCUGCACUCACAGCGUAACUCUGAGCAGGGUGCUCAGGUCAGGGGCCAAGAAGGGACCUUGAGUAAUGAACAUCCCAAUAUUUUAAACCCUCAGACUCCCCUGGUUCUGGGCUGUAGAGAGACAUUAUGCUUAAAAUCUUGUUGACAGACAAAGAGGGGGCACAGUGUAUGGGUAGGGCUGAGAAUUUAUUGUGAGUGCAAUGGCAUUCUCAAAGCUCCUAUUGCUAUCAGUUUAAAUCUGCUAAAUUUUUUCAACACACAUAGUUUAUAUCCAUUUUCCUGGCAUUAUGCUCCCUCUUUCCCUUCUCCUUUGGGUCCUGAGGCUGAUGGUUGUGGUGAAGUGAUGUGUCACAGUGAGCUGUCAGCACCUCCGGUUCUUCCCUGGGAUAAGUGCAAUGUUUACCCUGAUUUUCCUUCUGUCUUCUAGGAUUUGCUUUGGCUUGCUUUUCUGUGUUUUCCAACAUGCUUCUAUACCUUCUCUCUUCACUGGUCUAUACACAACCUACAAUAGGCAGUGUCACUUACAUAUGUUAAGUACUAAUUUUGUUCUCUCUGUUACCACUAAACCCAGUUUUCCCAGCUCCAGAUCUGCAUUUUUUUUAACUGACCAUCAGUGAGUUCUGUAGAGCUGUGGGGCUUCCCAGUGCCAGCCUGUGCCCCAUCUCCUACCAUCCUAUACCUGUACUCCUCUGUGAUGCUUCCUGCAUCCCCACAGCUCAAGGCCCCUGCUAUUGUACCAAACUUGUAUUUCUACACACUGUACUGUGUCUGAGUGAAAAAUAUCUCAUUCUGCAUAGAAUGAGGGGAACUAAGGGGGUGACAGCUUUGAUAUGCUGUCUUGGCACCUCAGGCAUUUCUAUCUCUGUGCAAAUCCUGUCCCCUGUAAGUAUUUCUGUCCCUCUGAGUGGCUGUAUCCAACUUCACAAUUUCACAAGAAGCCAGCAGGACCCAAGCACAGCACAUCAGCACAUACUUUCUCAACUCAACCCAAAGCUCAGCCCAGGAAGCCAACACGUUCAUGUAGGCAUGAGCAUUAGAGAAGAGGAAACAUACAGUUAAAUCCAAACAGGCUCAGCUUGAAGAAAACAUCGGUUUUCAAUGCAACUAUGAAUUAAGAAAAUACAAAAGAAAUUUGAAUGCUGCUUCAGAAGAGAAGGCCUGGGAAAAAGAAAUACUGAGGGAGAGCAGCCAGAAAAUUCAGCAUGACAGAAGCAUACGCAGAAACCACAGCUGAAUAUGUUUAUGAUGAACAUGCUUUCUCCUGCAACAAAACCGACAUCCAAGAGUUUGGGAAAAUAUUUCUGCCGAUAUUUUACCUUGUGGUGUUUGCUCUUGGUCUCACAGGGAAUCUAAUGGUGGUUUUUGCCAUUGUGAGAGGCAAUAAAAAAAGCAUCACCGACAUCUAUCUCCUGAACUUGGCUGUCUCUGACCUUCUCUUUGUGAUCUCCCUCCCGUUCUGGGCAUCCAACAGGGUCCGUGGGUGGACCCUUGGGACUAUGACAUGUACAGCUGUUUCCUCACUGUAUUACAUUGGUUUCUUUGGGGGCAUGUUCUUUAUCACUGUUAUCAGCGUUGACAGGUACUUGGCCAUUGUCCGGGCAACUUAUUCUCUGAAAUCCAGAACAGUGAGGCACGGCUUUCUUGUCACCUGCGGAGUGUGGGCAAUAGCGGUUUUAGUGUCAGUGCCACAUUUUGUGUUCUCUCAGCUCAUAGAAAAUGACUGCAUACCUGUCUUCCCAGAGAAGCUGGAGAACAUCUGGCCAGUGUUGUGCAAUGUGGAGCUGAACACCAUUGGCUUUUUCAUCCCAGUCUGUAUCAUAUUCUAUUGCUACUGUGGGAUCAUCAAAACCCUCCUGUCCUGCAAAAAUCAGAAAAAGGCACGAGCCAUAAAACUGAUCUUGGUUGUGGUGGUGGUGUUUUUUCUGUUUUGGUCCCCUUACAAUGUAUUGAUUUUUCUAGAUACUUUAAAUCACUAUGAGUUAUUCACCAAUUGCAACCAAAUUAAGUCAUUGGACUAUGCAAUGCACCUGGCUGAAACCAUUGCAUUCAGUCACUGCUGUCUCAAUCCUUUUAUCUAUGCCUUUGCUGGGGAAAGAUUCAGGAAAUACCUUUAUCAUGUCUGCUUGAAGUACUGUCCAUUCCAGUGUUUCUGUGGGCCCUGCAGUCACUACCAGGUGCCUCAUUCUGUUAGUUAUGCAGAAAGUGUGGGGAACAGCAACAUAACCCUGAACACCAGCGACCAGGACGGCUCUGUCUUUGUCUAAAAGGGUCUCAGAAGGAGAAAUGUAUCAAUAUGUGUCUCCUGCAGGGAUAGCAACCACUGAGGGGUUGCAUUUACCCUCAUGAAGAGCCUUAGUGGCUGCACUGAAUUACUGACAUGCCUCUAGUUAAGCAUUAAAUAUUAUAAAACAGUAAAGAUUUAAAAAA